UUGAACUUCUAGAAAAUUGAGCUUCCAGUGGACGAAGCCUUAUCUUCUCCAUUUGACUGCUCUAGAAAACCCUAGUCUUUCAUUUCCACAUUCACCAAUUUUACGAGCUAGCUUAGACCUUUUUUCUUGAGUAUGGCUGCGACCUUCACUUCAGUUUGUUCGAUUGCUUCCACCAGCCAAGCAGUGGAUAAGAAACUCAUAAAUUCUUCUGAAAUUUUAUCGUCAUUCUCUGCGAUUUCUUCGAGUUCAUUAGGGGGCAGGAGAAAGAAUACAGUUUUAAAGAAAAGAUACGAUUUCAAGAUUCAGGCUGCGACCAAGAAGUUACACUUCAAUCAGGAUGGUGAUGCCAUUAGGAAGCUGCAAGCAGGUGUUGACAAGCUUGCAAAUUUAGUAGGUGUUACUCUUGGUCCAAAAGGAAGAAAUGUAGUUCUUGAGAGCAAGUAUGGCUCUCCCAAAAUUGUAAAUGAUGGUGUUACUGUAGCUAGAGAGGUUGAACUGGAAGACCCUGUUGAGAAUAUUGGUGCAAGUUUGGUGAGACAAGCUGCUUCAAAGACAAAUGACUUGGCUGGGGAUGGCACAACUACAUCUGUUGUUUUGGCACAGGGGCUCAUAGCUGAAGGUGUUAAGGUGGUUGCAGCUGGUGCAAACCCUAUUCAGAUUACCAGGGGCAUUGAGAGGACCACUAAAGCCCUGGUCGCUGAGCUGAAAAAGAUGUCUAAAGAGGUUGAGGACAGCGAACUAGCGGAUGUAGCUGCAGUUAGUGCAGGAAACAACUAUGAAGUUGGAAAUAUGAUAGCAGAAGCAAUGGGUAAAGUGGGUAGGAAAGGUGUAGUGACUCUUGAGGAAGGGAGAGGUUCUGAGAACAGCUUGUAUGUUGUGGAAGGCAUGCAAUUUGACCGUGGCUAUAUCUCCCCAUACUUUGUUACAGACAAUGAGAAGAUGGUAGCUGAAUAUGAAAACUGCAAGCUGCUUCUGGUAGACAAGAAGAUAACAAAUGCAAGGGACUUGGUUAAUGUUUUGGAAGAAGCAAUCAGGGGUGGAUACCCAAUAUUGAUAAUCGCUGAAGACAUUGAGCAGGAAGCUCUAGCCACUCUGGUUGUGAACAAACUUAGAGGAGCACUGAAAAUUGCUGCACUCAAAGCCCCUGGUUUUGGGGAGCGAAAAAGCCAAUAUCUUGACGACAUUGCUAUCCUUACUGGAGGUACUGUCAUCAGAGAGGAGGUUGGUUUAUCCCUGGACAGGGCUGGAAGCGAGGUCUUAGGCCAUGCUGGAAAGGUGGUGUUGUCAAAGGAUUCAACAACAAUUGUUGGUGAUGGUAGUACCCAGGAAGCAGUAAACAAAAGAAUUGCCCAAAUUAAAAGAAUUGUUGAGGCAACUGAACAGGAUUACGAGAAGGAAAAACUGAAUGAGAGAAUUGCAAAACUAUCAGGGGGCGUUGCUGUAAUUCAGGUUGGUGCACAAACUGAAACGGAACUCAAAGAAAAGAAAUUGAGAGUAGAGGAUGCUCUCAAUGCGACAAAGGCAGCCGUUGAGGAAGGCAUUGUUGUCGGCGGUGGAUGCACCUUGUUGCGGCUUGCUGCCAAAGUUGAAGACAUUAAAGGAACUCUUGAUGAUGAUGAACAAAAGAUUGGAGCUGAUAUUGUCAAGAGAGCUUUGAGGUACCCUAUGAAGUUAAUAGCCAAGAAUGCUGGUGUCAAUGGAAGUGUUGUGAUUGAGAAGGUGUUGUCCAAUGACAAUCCGAAGUAUGGUUAUAAUGCAGCCACUGGAAAAUAUGAAGAUUUAAUGGCUGCUGGUAUAAUUGAUCCUACAAAAGUGGUAAGAUGUUGCUUGGAGCAUGCAGCUUCUGUAGCAAGGACCUUUCUAACAUCAGAUGCUGUAGUUACUGAGAACAAGGAGCCUGAACCUGUGGUUGCUGGAAACCCAAUGGACAAUUCAGGUUAUGGAUACUAAGCAUUUGAAGGAGGCUAGGACAUGCAGAGAACGGGUAUGCCGAAGUCCAGCAGUGUGCCACUACACUCUGAAUAGUAUGUCUUGACUCUCUUGAGUAGGAAUAGUAACGUAGAGGUGAUUAAUUGAUGAGCUCCUUUUUUCAGUGAAAGGGGUUUCAUGUUCCGUCCUUUACGCAAAGGUUUAUCGGGAUAGGUUAUUAUUUCUUCAGUUCUAGAAAUGGAAAUUUUUUAGUGAAAUUUUGUUUUUGAUGCUUUAGUACGUGUAGUGGUUUCGAACCUGCUGGUGGAAACCACACGUGAUUCAUUAUUGGGAAUAUUCAAUUUUUUUAUGAGUAGGGCAAAAUGAUAAAUAAGAAUAAAGAACACGCUUAUAUUUUGAUUGGAAGUACUUGCCAGGCAAAAGUGUUUCCUCAAAGAGGAAAAGAGAUGUUGGAUUUCAA